AUGGAGAGAGCGCCUGAUCACCCUCUCGGUGGAGGGGAACGAAGGAGAGCGCACACGCUACCGGUGGACGAGGAAACUCGGCCUUGCUCCUCGUUCUUCUCCUCUGCAUCUUCUUCCUUUUCUUCUUCCUUCUCGUCGUCCUCUGGUUCUUCCUCCGCGUCCUUUUCCCAACCGACCUCUGCAUGUUCUACGUCUUCUCAGACGCGUCGUGUGUCCCCUCAGUCACCUUCAGCCUCUCGAAAACUCGUGUCUCGCGCGUAUCCUUCUUCCUCGUCUUCCUCUUCGUCAUCUUCCGCUUCGUCAUCUUCCGCUUCGUCAUCUUCCGCUUCGUCGUCUUCCUCUUCGUCGUCUUCCUCUUCGUCGUCUUCCGCUUCGUCGUCUUCCUCUUCGUCGUCUUCCUCUUCGCCGUCUUGCUCUUCAUCUUCUUCUUCCUCGUCUUCGUUUCCGUCUCGGGAUGCGUCCACGUCUUGGACUUCUUCCCCUGCGCCGCCACCUUCGGCGAGGUCGGCCUCUGCAGAGGUCGUGUCGCAACUCUUUUUGCUUCUCCGCUGCAAUCGAAGCAAGGCAGUGACGAGUGUUCUCAAGCGCCUGGAUCCCAAGACGUACGUCGACGCCAGAGACGCCGGCGGCCACACGCUCCUUCACUGGGCUGCGCUCUGUGGCGAAAUCGCCGUCAUGAAAAGGCUUCUCGCAAACGGAGCGAACCCCGACGCUCGGUCCCUCUCUACCCUCCAAAGCCCGCUCAUGUGGAGCAUCAUACGCGACAAUGUCGUCGCCAUGCGGAUCCUCCUGGACGCUCUCGAAUCGUACCCUUGCGCUUCCUCCUCUUCUUCCUCUUCUUCCCCCUCUUCCUCUUCUGCUGCCUCUUCUUCUUCCUCUUCCUCUUCUUCUUCCUCUUCUUCUUCGGGGUUGCUCGCUCCACGUUCGGGCGUCGGUGAGCUGCGGGGAGGCGAGCGCGCGGAGGCCGACGCCAACUGGGGCGCGCGAGGCCGCGACAGCAAAGGGGCGACCUGUGCGAUUCUGGCGGCUCAGAACAACUGCAGAAAGGCUCUCCUUCUUCUGGUUCGCCGUACGGGGAGACGAUGCCUCGACGAAACGGAUGAAAACGGAUGCACUCCAGCGCACUGGGCGGCCUUCAAGAAUCAUGUCGACAUCCUGCGGCUGCUGCACUACCUCGAGGCAGAUUUCACGUCAGUCGACGUCUUUGGCUGUCUUGCGCUUCACCGGGCUGUUGAGGCUGGCCACCUCGAGGCGUGCCGGGUUCUCGUGGACGAGUGCUUCGUCAGCAAGAACGAACGAAACACGAAAUCGAACGUGAGCGCCGUUGAAAUCGCCGAGGCUCUCACGCCACCCCGGCCUGAUCUCAUCGCGUUUCUCCGGUCACCUUCUCCAGGGCGAGGCACAGACUUGCCUCUCCUGAGCGCCGACGACCAGGAAGGCAAUUCGCGCACGUGCCAGCGCCUGAGGAGAAUCACGAACCUCUGCUGCAACUGGAGUGAAGCAGUGCAGUACAAAUGGCCGUCAGCCGCCGCCUUCGCCUGUCUCCUUCUCAUGAUCUACACCGCGAAAACCAUCCUCUCGCAGAUGCAUCCGUCCACUGGAGCGUCGCUGUUUUCCUUCUCUUCGCCCUCCGCCGCCCCCGGCUUCUCUUCCUCUUCCGCGGGCGCGGUGCGUGAAUCGCGUUCCGCUGACCGGCUCCAGGCUCCUGGCCUGCUCACGCUGUACUGCCGUCGUUUCCCUCUCCUUAGUCGCGUUGCAUCUUUCUUCUUCUUUCUCGUUCUUGGCGACACUGUCUUUUGGCUAGCAUGUGCAGACCUCGCCCUCUUCCUCCUCCUCCUCCUCUCGGAUCCAGGAACGCUCCCCAAGCGGCGGCGGGGCACAAGCGCCGUCGAGGAGCUCAUGGAGAUUCUCGACAAUCCUCAGACGCAUGCAGACACCCUCGCAGCACUCGACCUCGACCGUCUUUGUCGCACGUGCUGGAUAUACCGCGCUUUGAGGACGAAGCACUGCUUCGUCUGCAAUCGUUGCGUGGAGGGCUUCGAUCACCAUUGCGUUUGGGUGUACAACUGCGUCGGCGCUUUGAACGCGCGCCUCUUCACGUCCUGGCUGCUCGUCCACACUCUCGCCCAAAUAGUGCACCUGGUCUGUUGCCUCGCGUGCCUCUCUCUCGGCCCCGACGCGACUGACCUCGCUGAGGACUGGCUGCAUGCGCGCAGCCCUCGUCGCGCCCUUCUCCUCCUCGUGAGUCUCCUCUUCUCUGUUGUUUCCACUCGACGCACGGUUGUCUUGCUCCACGUCUUUUCCCUCUGUCGUCUGAGUGUUUUGGUGUUCGGCCACAUGCGGAACAUUGCUCAAAACAUUACUGCGAACGAGGUUCUGAAUCGCGGAAGGUACGCUUAUCUCUGGCGACCGAUUCGAGGACGCAAUGGCCGUUGUCAGGGCGCCGGCUCAGGCAGGAAAACGUUCAAUCCGUUCUCAGCGGGGAUGUGGAAAAACUGUCUCACCUUCUGGCUGGGGCAGCGCACGAUCUACAGCGCCUCCGUUUCGCAUGCGUUGCUGCAAGUCUCUCAACUUUUACCUCCUCUCUCGCCGUCCUCGGCGCAGGCUCGGCAUCCUCCUCGCGGCCGCUCUCACGCUCCGGCUUCGCGCUUUGUCUCGGUUUUCGCACUCUCGCCGGCUUCCUUUCUCCGGGGGCUCUGGCCUUUCGGACGAUCACCGGCGAAUUGCCGUGAAGGCGAGGCGAAGCAGAGAGACUCGGACGGGACACGCGACGGUCGAGGCGAGGCGGGGUUGAUGGCCGAAGGCGUGGAAUUGCGUUUUUUUUCUCAGGACGAGAAUCGGCAAAGCAACGCAGAUGGGCCGCAGCCUCUCGCGCGCGCAGCCAGGGAAGGGCGAGCGGCUCGAGGCAGUCUUUCCUCUGGGGGAGUCAAAGGGAAAACGACGUGA